AUGGCGCCCAGAGGAGAAGCGGCUGCCCCCGAGGGGGACAAGGAUAUGGGGGUUAUCUACAAGGUCUCUGGUCCGCUUGUCGUCGCGGAGCAGAUGAGUGGCACGAAAAUGUACGAGCUGGUCCGCGUUGGCUGGCAGCGACUCGUCGGUGAAAUCAUUCGACUCGAGGGCGACAACGCCUUCAUUCAGGUCUACGAAGAAACAGCUGGACUGUCUGUGGGCGAUCCCGUCAUUAAAACUGGCAAGCCGCUCUCUGUCGAGCUUGGACCCGGGCUUCUCGACAACAUUUUCGACGGAAUUCAGCGUCCGCUGGAGCGCAUCGCGCAGAUCGCGCAGAGCGUUUUCGUGCCCAAGGGCGUCGCCGUUCCCGCCCUCGAUCACAAGAAGCUCUGGUCCUACAACCCUGUUCCGAACGUGCAAGUUGGAGACAUCCUCACAGGCGGAGACGUUAUCGGCACGGUUCACGAAAACAACUUGUUCAUGGAGCAUCGCAUCAUGAUUCCGCCCAAGAUUCAGGGAAAAGUCUCUUGGAUUGCCCCUGCAGGCGAAUACACGGUGAAGGACACGGUCAUGACUCUGGAGUACCAGGGCGAGCAGAUCCCGAUAGCAAUGUCGCACGACUGGCCCGUGCGUGAGCCGCGGCCCUGCCUCGAGAAGCUCGCGGGGAACACGCCGCUCCUGACUGGACAGCGCGUCCUCGACUCGCUCUUUCCCACCGUGCAGGGAGGAACGUGCGCGAUUCCAGGGGCCUUCGGGUGCGGCAAGACUUGCAUUUCGCAGGCACUGUCGAAGUACAGCAACAGCCAGGUGAUUAUUUACGUCGGAUGCGGCGAGCGCGGCAACGAGAUGGCUGAAGUGCUUACGGAGUUCCCCGAACUCACGACGCUGAUCAACGGCAAAGAGGAGGGCAUCAUGCAGCGCACCUGCCUCGUCGCCAACACGAGUAACAUGCCCGUCGCAGCGCGUGAAGCCUCCAUCUACACGGGGAUCACGCUUGGCGAGUACUUCCGCGAUAUGGGCUACAACGUAGCGAUGAUGGCGGACAGUACGAGUCGCUGGGCUGAAGCUCUUCGCGAAAUCAGCGGCCGUCUCGCCGAAAUGCCUGCAGACAGCGGCUACCCCGCCUACUUGGGCGCGCGUCUCGCUUCCUUCUACGAGCGCGCCAGUCGCGUCCGCUGCAUGGGGUCUCCCGAGCGCGAAGGCAGCGUCACGAUUGUCGGGGCUGUCUCGCCGCCUGGAGGAGAUUUCUCAGACCCGGUCACGACUUCCACCAUGUCCAUCGUGCAGGUCUUCUGGGGGUUGGACAAGAAACUCGCGCAGAGGAAACACUUUCCCUCCGUCAACUGGACGACUUCUUUCUCGAAGUACAUUCGCGCGCUGGAGCCCUUCUUCGAUUCGUACGACCCCGAGUUCAGCGCCCUGCGCCAGAAGGUCUCCGAUAUUCUGCAGCAAGAAGCGGAGCUCACGGAUAUCGUCCAGCUGGUCGGAAAGGACUCGCUGUCUGAGGAUCAAAAACUGAUUCUGGAAGUCGCUAGAAUCAUUCGAGAAGAUUAUCUGCAGCAGAACGCCUUCUCUGACUACGACUACAUGUGCCCUCUGUACAAGACUGUCGGUAUGAUGCGCACCAUCUGCCACUUCUACGACCAGUGCCUCCGCGUGAUGCAGGAGACGAGCGGCAGCGAGCACAAGAUUGGAUGGGGCACGAUCUACAACACGAUGCGCCCAACCAUCAGCAAAAUUACCAGCAUGAAGUUCUUGCCGCCGACGACGACGGAGGCCGCCUCCAAGCAGCACUUCAAGCAGCUGAGCGACGAAAUCACGUCGGGCCUCCGUGGCCUCGUGGAGAAAUAA